CGGAGAUAUGUAAAUUAUGCGAAAUGCCAUUGGAAUUUUCGUCAGCGCCAGUGAAUCGGACUUUGGCACACUCCUUGGAGCCUUCACAGCCGAGUAGCACUAUUUAAGAAUUCUUAAAAGGAUACCAGCAGCAGCAGGAGGAGCAGGAGCAGCAGGAGGAGCAGCCGCACCCAGAAGGACCAACUUUCCACUCGAAGCAAAUUAAAAGAAAAGAACUCAGCCAAACUGGAGGCGGAGGGCAAAAAACGGCAAAAUCAAUAGUGCCGAAGAAGUGUGGCCAAAGUGCUGAGUAAUGUGGAGUAAUGGAGACCUUUUUGCUGGCGGCGGCAACAUGAUGUGAAACAUGGCAAUCGAAUCAGCCAAAGCCAUUUAGGGUCAUCAAUUGCCAGGGUAGUGGAAAAUCGGCAGCAGGAGCCCCGAACGAAGCCAUAUGCACCGCAGCAUGGAGCGCAGGAGGAGCAGCAGCCCGAGGGCUCUGCCAGUCUGCUGGAUUCUGCUGUGCCUGGUGGCCUGGACCGUGGCAGAUGACUGGUCCCUCAGUUGCGCCUCCAAUUGCACCUGCAAGUGGACCAAUGGCAAGAAGUCGGCCAUCUGCAGCUCCCUGCAGCUGACCACCAUUCCGAACACCCUGAGCACAGAGCUGCAGGUGCUGGUGCUCAAUGACAACCACAUCCCGUACCUCAACCGGGAGGAGUUCUCCACUCUGGGGCUGCUGAACCUGCAGCGCAUUUACCUCAAGAAGUCCGAGGUGCAGUACAUACACAAGGAGUCGUUCCGCAAUCUGAAGAUCCUGGUGGAGAUUGACCUGUCGGACAAUAAGCUGGAGAUGCUCGACAAGGACACCUUCAUGGGCAACGAUCGCCUGAGGAUACUCUACUUGAAUGGCAAUCCCCUCAAGCGCCUGGCGGCGUACCAGUUUCCUAUUCUGCCCCAUCUGCGCACCCUGGACAUGCACGACUGCCUCAUCUCCUACAUCGAUCCCAUGUCCCUGGCCAACCUGAACCUGCUGGAGUUCCUCAACCUGAAGAACAAUCUGCUGGAGAGCCUCAGCGAGUACGUGUUCCAGCACAUGGCCAAUCUGAAGACCCUCUCCCUGGAGGAGAACCCCUGGCAGUGCAACUGCAAGUUGCGCAAGUUCCGCGGCUGGUAUGUGAACAGCCGCCUGAGCUCCGUGAGUCUGGUGUGCAAGGGCCCGCCGGCCCAGAAGGAUCGCACCUGGGACAGCGUGGACGACGAGCUCUUCGGCUGUCCGCCGCGGGUGGAGAUCUUCAACAACGAGGAGGUGCAGAACAUCGACAUCGGCAGUAAUACCACCUUUAGCUGCCUGGUGUACGGCGAUCCGCUGCCGGAGGUGGCUUGGGAGCUGAAUGGGAAGAUACUGGACAACGACAACGUGCUCUUCGACUCGGAGAGCAUCUCCUCGGACAAGCUGUGGAGUAACCUCACCGUCUUCAACGUGACCAGCCUGGAUGCCGGCACCUACGCCUGCACGGGCGCGAAUGCCAUCGGCAGCAUGACCCAGAACAUCAGCAUCUACCUCAGCGAGAUCGUUCAGCAUGUGCUGGAGAAAACGCCCGAGACCUUCUGGUACUUCGGCCUCAUCAUGGGCAUCUUCGGAACCGUCUUUCUGCUGAUCUCCAUCUCGUUUGUGGUCUGUCUGUGCAAGCGCACCACCCGCCAGCACCGGCAUGCCAACAAGGCCGGAGUGAAGUCGAGUGUCAGCUUCAAUGAUCAGGAAAAGAAACUUCUGGACUCGAGCGUCACCACGACGACCAAUGAUCGCGGCGACAGCUAUGGCAUCGACAACCAGCCCACUUCCAUGGGCAUGAACAAGGGCGACUCGGCCGGAAUGGGCUUCAACCAGAUAGAGAUCCAUGCGGUGGACAGUCAUCGGCAUGGCAGCAUGUUGGUGCAGCAGCAGCCGCAACAGCAACAGGUUGCGGGUGGUGGUGGAAUGCGGCAGCAGCUGAUGCAGGUCAAAGAUCCCACCUGCGGCAUGAUGAGUGUGCCCACCUCAAUGGCAGGCCAUGCCCACUCGCAUCCUGCCCAGAUCUCCGAGGAGUUCCCGCUGAACGUGGGCGUCUUUCCGCCGCCCCCAGAGUUUUGCUCCAACAUAGUCCCGAAUCCAGCCUUUGGGGGCAAUAUCUUCAUCCGGGUAUCCGUUACGCAGGACAUGCUGGAUGGUGCGGACCUGAACAUGUAUCCCGAUUUGCUGAACAUUCCCAAGCGGAUGCAGGACGUGCAGGAGAGUGGUGCUGGUGCAGUUGCCGUGCCCGAGGGUCAGUUUGCCACUCUACCGAGACACACGGCCCGGAGAGGUAUUCUCAAGAAGGACACCUCCUUGCAGCAGCAGCAGCAAAUUCAGCAGCAGCAUCAGCAGCAACAGCAACAGCAAAUGCAGCAGCAGCAGCAGCAACUCCAACAGCAGCACCAGCCAUCCGGACUCUACACACAUGAUGAAAUAGUGACCUACAACCUGGAGGCCAGUGGCUAUGACCCCCACCAGGCGGCGUACCACAGCAACGCCAUGGAGCUGCCUCCUCCGCCGCCGCCGCCCGCCGUAACAGCGGUGGUGCAGUGCCAUCACCCGAGUCCCAGCAACUGCGCCAGCUGCAUCAACAAUGCGCCGCCGCCGCCCUCCGCCUGCCAAUCGCCGCCCGUCGAGGUCACGCCCAUGAGGCCGCUGGACAGCUCCGCCUACCCCAAGUACGACAACAUGGGUCGGCGGAUCACCGCGAGCGGAGGACUCGGUGGAUCCACUCUUUCGCUGCACGACGAGGAGCGCUACGAAAACGAGACGCUCUUUGGCCAGGCGGAGAGCCAGCCCCAGGGCAUGCCCGAGCAGUCGCAGGAUCUCCACCAGGCGCAGGAGGUGACCCAAGGCCAGGACCAGGGCGGCGGUCCUGGCGAGUUCGUGUCGCUCUAGUAUUACGGUACCCAGGUGUAAAUAGGUCAAUAGAUUCGUGUCCCCGGAGACCCGGGAAACCCUUGGCAAUCGUUUGGUUCAUAUCAGUUUGAGGAACGAGUGCUCUAAAUGAACAUAUGUAUGUGUAGCAACCCACACAAUCUAUUGACUGCAUCACAUUCCUCUGAAGACCACAAAUCCAACAAGAAACGCGGUCAGGAUUGACUGGGUUCUCAUUUUUAGGCAUUAAACUGUAAGAGGUCAUUAAAAAGGUAUUUAACAUAAAAAUGAGAAUCCAAACGAGACUGUCAUCACAGCCCAAUCAAAAUUAUAGAUUUCAAAAAUGUUGAUUUAACCAGCAAAGACAACCUUUAUUUUCCAUUCGGAUUGCACUCUCAGACUAGACACCGUUCAAGAAUAUACUUCCGAUUCAUGCUCCAUUAGAGUCCCAAUCCCAGCUAGCAUUUGGUAGUAGUCCCUGAAGUCUGCACCUCCUUAGAGGUCAGCAGCGGGUGUAUUCUAUAAGGUAUAGCGACCAAACUGAUCUUCAUAAGGUGUAUAGUACGAUUAAUCGCGUGUGUAUUGGACCCAUGGCUGGUCGAGUCUUAGACAUAUUGCUUCUGGGGUGCUAGAGAUUAGGGGUUUAGAGAUGAGACACUGAAUAGGAUUAGAUUGGUACAGGUGGUGUGAGGCGCGAAACUCAUAUCUCUAGAUAUGCAUAUACAUAUAUACAUAUAUAAAACGUUAGCCAGAUCUAUUACGCCCCAUAUACUCGCCCUUAUAACCCUGGAUGUGCAUUGGAUAUAUAAAUACUUUAUCUAGUUUCUAGCCCCUCAGCCCCGUAAAAUAGUUCCUCUCUUGUACAUAUGUAAAUGUAUUCCUAUUGCUUAAGGACUUUUAAUCAAAAUAAUUUUAUGCUCACUACCCGCAAGUAUCUCAAGCAUAUAUCACAGAGUCGUGCCAAAAGUUUUUAAAGUCUGUUUUUAACCUGUUAGCCCCAUGCGAUUGUUUAGACGUGUUAGUUACCGUAGUAUUUGCUGAACACCUAGUACCUAUGAUUUAGUCAGUCUCAGAUCCCAGCAUACAGAAUAGAACACAUUCGAUCCUCUGCGUUUUCCCACUCGAAGUCCUGCAAGUAGAUCCAAACUAUAUCUGAAUAAGGUACGACAUUAACACUUACGCAACAUACUCGUAUAUCUGCAUAUGUUUGUACUUGUGUGUAAUCUGAAUGUAGAAAGAAUUGAAAACAAAUACGACCCAAGCUAGGCUAUAUCGAUGUGUAUAUCUUAUAUAUAGUAUAUCGUACAUAUGCAAUGUAAACAUUUAUCGAGAUCCAUGUUUGUAGAGGAGGGCGCACGGGGGACGGGAGAACAGAGGUCGCAUUAAAUGGAUUUUUUGUGUCUGUAGAAAGUUUCAAAUUCGAGCUUGGUAAUGUAAAAGUAAGCUAUAGAAGUCAGUAUAAGUACACGAUAAAUUCCACUUACAUGACCACGCCCACUCACCGCCCCACUCACCCUUCGCAUGAUAAGUGCAUGCGUGUGUGUAUCUGUGUGCAU